UACGUGUGUGGUCCGCUUAAAAUAGAUAAUGGUGUGUACACUGACGAGAGCCACGUGAGACUUUUUUCCAAGGAGGUGAUGUGUGAGAGUGUGAAACUAUUGUUUCAUUGUGGGUAGAACUGUGGUCAGUGGUCUCCUCGCUCAUCAAUUCCACCGCCGCCUAUCAAGCCACCACAGAAAGACAACUUCAUGGAAGAGCUCUGUUGUUGUUCCUGUCCAAAGAUGAGACUCAACCUAAUUCUUCUCUGCUUGUCUCUGUGGAUGACCUCGGCCCUCACAACGCACGGGCCUGUUUCGGACUGCUGUCCUGGCUUGUCCAACACCACAGUUAGCCUGAAUCGAAUCAAGAGCUACGUUAUUCAGUCUGUGGGCGCGUGUUCCUUCAAGGCAGUAGUGUUUUCCACUCACGGCCGCAAAAGAAUUUGCGCAGACCCCAACAGUUGUUGGACUCAGAGAGCCAUGUUCAAAGUAGAUGGCAGAGCUUUGCAGCGGAAGGAAGAGAGCAACGACAAAUCCGCAGGGGCCAGUGGGACGACUGUACCGUGCACCCCGUCAAGAAAUUCACAAGGGAGGAAACGUCGAAGGGGAAAGCUGCCACGAAUGAAAAAAGGCAAGACGCGGGUGUAGAUACAUUUGAACGAAUGUCCGAAAUAAAUGUGUUUUAACAAUGA